GAGAGCGUAGACCUCGGGCGGAUGGCGGACUGGAGGCUGCCAGCGGGAGAAGUCUCAGCUGCAGGCAGUGGAGGAAACCCUGGCGAGGGAUCUGGGGGCGGCAAGGGCGGCCUGGGCGGAGAGAGAGCGGCGAAGCAGCUGAAGACAAAGGGAGGAGAGCGCGGAGCAGGAUCACGGCAGGGUCGAGGGGACGAACAGAUCGACCUCGUAGAGGCGGUGAUAACGUUGCAGAAGAUGGGGCUCCGUCAGGAUCAGCGCAGCAGAGAGCUCGAACACAUGUUAUGCCAAUUUUUCUUGCUAGGGAAGAUGAACCCAGUGAGCCAGGCAGGCCUCCAGGCGGGAUUGAAGUACAACAAGGAGGACGGUGCGAAGGAGGUGCUAGGCAAGUACAAGGUGCUGAUCAACAGCGGGGCGGGGAGGGCGGCCUUGACGGAGCUGUUCGGCUGCUUCAGGGUGAAGGAGGCAUACAGCGAGGACGGCACGGACGAGAAGAACAUCAAGGUGAAGAUCACCUACCAGGUCAACCCAGCGGCCGACUUAGAGAAGGUCGCCAUGACAACGAAGUUCGUGAUGGACACAAUGCCCUCCCCGCAGACCUUCAGACGGGCCAUGCACGCCACAUUCCUGGAGCAGGGAGGGGUGGAGGCGGAGGGACCUGCGCCCAAGGACGAGCUCACACGUGUGACAGAGCGCCAGUUGAAAGCACUGCAGCAG